ACACUCGUGCUCCCCCCCCACCCCUUUUGCUGUAGCGUACACUACUACUACAGCUGCAGCCUUAGCGAUGGAAGAGGAGAUGUAGAGGGGAGGAUGGUGGAGUGAGGCAGGGCGGGGCUGUUGAGUGACUGAGCGAGAGGCAGGAGAGGGAGGAAGCCUCUCAGUAGAUGACCGAGACACAGAGGGAGGAGGAGAGAGAGAGAGAGAGAGAGAGAGAAUCCACAGGACGUGAGUGCCGGCAGCAGAGGAGGAGGAGGAGGAGGGGGGGAGCUUCCAGACUGGAUGACUGGAUGGGCCCAGCAAUGCCUUGAUGGAGCAUGGGCCAGGUUUUAGGAUUCUCCCACUGCCAGGAAUAUGGCUCCGUGGCAUCCACUCCAGACUCAACUCCUCCCUGCACUGAUGGUGGAAAUGAGGAGUCAGAGAUGUAUGAGCUGCAAACGGCCAGGGAGUGGUCCGACGAUGAUGACGGGGGAGAUGGAGAUCCAGAUGAUGAUGAUGAGGGACUGGCUUCAUCCCCGUCCAUUUGGGGCACACCGCGUCAGAACUCCUUCGAGCAGACUUUCUCCUACAUCGCUAUUGCCGAGGCUGAAGCAGUGGGCACCUCUAGACUCCUCCGCGAUCGACGCAGGGCUGGUUCUCGAGGAAGUCGCACUCCUCUGAGCCGCACGGACACCCUGGAAACACUGUUGGACUCCCCUGAUGUAGACUGGGAUCCUCAACCAUUCCUCAGUAGAGAGGAAGAAGAGGAAACGUCAGAAAGCAGAGACCAUGAGAGAGUUGAGACGAGGACAGAAAGUGCUGGAGAAAGAAGGGAAAGGGAGCAACAAAGACAAACUGAAACUAUUACAAUUCAGCCCUCUCCCCAAAACCUGGACCCAGAACCUCAAGGGAGCGAUGAAGGAGUUCAAAGAGAGGAGAGUGUUAACGAGAGUGUGGAGAAUUCCCCUUCCAUCCUGCCAUCCCUGCAGCAGAGCCCCUCACAGAUACUUCAGACAGCAGCAGCUGAGCCAGUAUCUCCCGUUGCCAGGGAAACCAUUUCAGUCAAGCUUCUCACAUCUGUGCGACCGGGAGACCCAGCGUCAUCUUCGCCGCCUGCCAUUGGCCUAAACACUCAGGAACAACUGGUCAGAGAUCACUGGUUUUCAGCACUUAACCUAACAGAGGACUGGACAGCAUGCACACACAUAGCAGUGAUGGACUUGAUCUACUGGAAGGACACGGAGCGGAGUGGCAUGGUGCUCACAGGGUUAGUGGUGGGAUUGCUGUCCCUGUUCCAGCUCAGCAUCAUCACUGUGGUCUCCACAGUCUCCCUGGCUAUCAUGUGCUUCACCAUCUCAGUACGGAUCUACUACCAACUCCUCUACAUCCUCAGCUGGGGUGAUGGAGAGCAUCCGUUCAAGUCUUAUUUGGACUUGGACAUCAGCUUCAGUGGAGAGCAGGCUGACCUCUAUAUGCAGAAACUCAUUGUGAUGACUCUGUCAGCUGUUGACACUCUGAAGAGACUCUUUUUUGUUGGCAACCUUUUUGAAUCCCUCAAGUUCCUGUUUCUGAUGUACCUUGUGACAUACCUGGGAGACCUGUGCAAUGGCCUUACUUUGCUCAUCAUCAGUGUGAUCGCUGUCUUUUCUCUGCCCCUUUUUUAUAGACGACGUCAGGAGCAGGUUGAUGGCGUUAUUGCAAAAAUCCAGGCCCACAUUUACAACGUCAAGGACAUUCUUCAAAGACUUGUCCAGGGUGGUGGCCCUCCUCCUGAUCCAACUCCUGGUGGUGCCAAACCCAAAACCCAGUAAUCACUCAUGGACAGCAACUUAAAGAGAAGCUACAAGAGUUACAGACUGUCACUCAGAUGUCUUACAUGGCAGUCUGUGCUCAGAGCUCCACAGAACAGAGCUCCAGAAACUGGGGAAGGGAAGGAAAGGGAGGUUAUUUAAAUAAAUGAUGAGGAGGACUACGCAUGGUACUUCACACUAACUGUAUCCAAGUUAUAGGGGUUAGAGGAUGGGGCUGAGAUGAUUCUGCUUCAUGGUGAAAUGAAGGUGUAUGAAUCCUGGAUAGGACUCUUGCUGCUGGUGUCGAAGACGAAGAGAUUCUGCAGCGCAGGUGAUUGCGCAUGACCAUCUUUGGAAAUAUUGUUUUUGACAUGUAAAAAUAAUUCAAAAAGUGUCUUAAAUUGAGCUGUAGUCCAAAAUGAGGUACAAGACCAUAAAAGGGAAGUUCCCACGCUGACAGCUACACGCCUGAGUAAAGGGAAUCGAGUCGUUGAGAGGAUUUGUGCGAGAGGACUAAUACAGGGGUCAACACAGAUCACGGCAGCAUAAAACUGGCAAUUAAAGAUGUGUGUGAAAUCACAUGUACAUUUCUCCAUGCAUAUUCAUUCACAUGACUGUUUAUCUGUGUGUAUGCAGGUGUGUAUGGACGUUUCUGUGUGUGUGUGUGCAUGUAUGCGAGUAACUGACAUAGAGCUUGCUCAAACAAAACUGUUACCCAGCAAUUAAAGUCACAUUUCUUAAUUUUCCAAAAUUUUGUGUUUCUUUUCAGCCUCGCUGGCAUCCAUUUUUAUUCACUAUCAGUCACCCUUUUUAUGUUUUGUGUGUGUUUUGGGUUUUUUUUCUUCAUUUCUUCAUUGCUUACACUAGAAGAUUCAUGGAUGUAGUGAAGGAGGACAUGCAGAGAGUUGGUGUGAUAGAGGAGGAUGUUAGGCAAAGGGUGAGAUGGAGGCAGAUCAGCUGUGGCGACCCCUAAAGGGAGCUGAAAGGCACUGCUUUCCCUCCUUUGAUAUAAAUAAUAAGAUAACUGAGCUCCUCAGUGACUUUAGUAAUUUACAAUAUUAUAAAUUUUACAAGAGGAAGUUCUUCUCUGGCAGAGUACCAGAGGCAUCAGUGUUGCUGAGGAGUUUUAUGAUUGCGUAUAUGGGCAAUAGACAAAGUGCUAAGAUUUCCCAUCUUCUCUCUGCUCUUAAAGUGUUUUAUCUCCCGUUGUAGAGGAAGCUUGUGAAGGAACGUGAAAGUGAAAUACAGCAGGUGCCUUUUCAACCACAGGUUACAGUGCAUGAUCUGAUUCACAGUACUCACAACUUGUUUCCUCCAACAAUGCACCACUUCUCGUAUCAGCCUAACCAUUUGUUUCCCAAUAAUGGAGUUUUGUAUGUGUACAAAACUUACCGGAUUCCUAUAUCUGUACAGGGCAAGUAAUCUUAUAUGGAACUGUAAGUGCAUCUGUUUUAGGAAUAAUAAAAUUAUUCAGGAUACUCCACAGUUGAAGUCCAUAUUUCCCUUUAGUGUCUGCUGUUAAAGCUCACACAAAGACUGUUAUGCCUUAUAGAUGUGAAUUUGCAUCCAACAGAGAAAGCAUUGCUACAGUCAUAGAUAUAACCCGUUAAAAACCAAAACCUAAUGGCCAGUUAGUGUCAGAAAUCAUGUGCUGCUUAGUCAUAGACAGUAUUAGUAAUAGCAUAGACACACCCAUCUGUCCUUUCUUUAAAAAGGUAAACAUGAUGAGCAGUUUCUUUAUGCAGCCACACAGCUUAACAUGUAUAAAUCUGUUUUGUCAUGAUUCACAUGUACAUAUUUAGCAAAGCUGCUACUAAUUCAGCCAAACUUCAUUUUCAUACAGUUGUCAUACCAAGCCUAGAUUACCAGAUCUUUUUGUUUUCUAUUUGCUGUGUAAAUAUGAAAUCUUUUCAUUCCUUUUCAUUCAAUUUCCAAAAAAUUGACCACUCGUGACCUGCAUUAUCUUAGUGCACUUUUCUUUGUAUUCCUGAAAAUAACUAGUUUUAUCGCUGGAAAAAUAAACUCGUAAGAGAUCAAAUCAA